GCGGCGGCAGCGGCGGCGGAACGGGGCUACGACGGUGGCGGUCCAUGUUUGGAUUACUCCAUGUUAGUGGUGGUCGGGGUGGUCGGGUCGCUGCGGGCCGGCGGCCACCUGGAGCGGCUGUUGCUGCACAUCGAGUCGGGUGAGUUUGGGCAAAGUUUGGCCGCCAGUGGAGCCACACUACAACGGGAAGUCGGCGCACCUUUUCACAAUAAAAUCGUUGGCCAGGUGUGCGCUGCUGGCGUGUCCCGAUGAAGUUGGACAUUCUGGACCAGCAGCUGAAGCUCUUCGUGUCCCGACACUCGGCCUUCCUGUCAGAGGCGGUCCCCGGUCAGCGGACGUUGCAGCACCGUGGAGACAUUCUGGACGUGCAAGUAGUGCUGAAUCCGGCUCAUGACCUGGUCUGCUCAGAGGUGCGGCGGCUGCUGUGUGAGCCGUCUCGACACAAACUGUUGGUCCUGGCUGGUCAGUUUGUGGAGGAAAGUGGAGACUUGGUGCUGCAGAAAGGCCUGUUCUCCCUUAGCGACUUGAUCCAGAUCUGCGCUGACGAAGAGGUUGGUCUCUUGUGGAGCUCGACGCACCCGACGGCAAAGGCGAGUCUUACCCUCAGCUGUCCUGACUUGGGCCUUUGGAGGGACCCCUUGUUGAAGGACCACAACCAGCAAGACUUCCUAAACAUCCAGGUCAACCCUCCCCUGCUCCUCCCACAGAUGGAGGGUCUGCAAGAGUUCACAGAGUACCUCUCAGAGUCUCUGGAGCCCGAGUCACCCUUUGAGCUUCUCGAGCCCCCGAGUACCGUGGGAUUCCUGAAACUCUCUCGUCCCUGCUGCUACAUCUUCCCCGGUGGUAGAGGGGACUCUGCCUUCUUUGCUGUGAACGGUUUUAAUGUCCUAGUGAAUGGAGGCUCAGACCCCCGUGCCUGCUUCUGGAAACUGGUCCGCCAUCUGGACAGAAUCGACUCUGUCCUUUUAACCCACGUCGGUGUGGACAAUCUCCCCGGGCUGAACAGUCUGCUGCUGAGAAAAGUAGCCGAGCAGGACAGGGACUUAGCAGAAGGUCAGGCUGAAGAGGACUGGAUGGAAAAGAUCAUCUCCCCAGAGAUCGGAGUGGUUUUUCUCAAUGUUCCGGAAAGACUGAAGGCCACCCAAGGAGAUCCCAGUGAGCUCCGCAGCGCCGACCAGGGUGUGCUAAUCUUGGAGCACCUACAAAGACUCUCUAUCAAAGCAGAACCUUUGUGUCGCUCGAAUGGGCCAUCCAUUGAGCCGCUGGUGUUGUUCCACAAGAUGGGAGUUGGCCGUCUGGAGUUGUACCCUUUGAAUCCAGUCAGUGGCAGUAAAGAAUUGGAAGAGUUGUUGCAGACUUUGCCCAAAACUUCCACCUUGAAGAGUUCCGAUCUUCCACUAGCAUGCCUCACUUCCAUUUGUGCUUUGCUGGUCUGGCAUCCUUCCAGCAAUCUGGAGAAGAUCGUCCGAGUCCUUUUCCCAGGAUGCACACCACAGGCCAAAAUCCUGGAUGGACUUGAAAGACUCAAACAUUUGGAUUUCCUCAGUGUUCCUGUGGUGAGUUCAAAGGACCUGAAAACAUCCAAAAUAGAGAAGUUACCAAAGUGCACCGAGAGUCGAGAAAACCCUAAGGCCAGAGACUUGCGAGUCAUCGGUGCUUUCCAGAUGGACAAAAGUGGCCGAGUUCCUGUGAAAAAACAGGAGGUGAAACUGAAGCCAAAGGCAGUGGGAGAAGCUGUGUCCAGAGAAAAAGAGCAGGAGGUGAAACUGAAGUCAGUCAGGCCUUCUGAGAAGCUGAUUCCAAAGAAGGAAGUGAAAAAGAAAGAUGAGAGAGUGACUGCUGCUGUUGAGAAGAAAGAAGAGAAAGAAGGUCUGAGGAAAGACGGUACUAAAACAAAGAAAGACAACAAACCUGAAGCCAAAAAAGACAAGAAAGUUGUGGCAUCAGUUCCAAAAGAUGUGAAGAAAGUGGCUGGAGCUACAAGUUCUGAAGUGAAAAAAUCUCCAGUCAGGACUCCAAAGACGGACACGUUGAACAAAAGGACAAAAGGUAAUGCAGAGCGGGACUACCAGGAUUUCACAGCUGAAGAUGACAACAGGAACAGCAUCAAAAAGACCACGAAACUUCCAAAUUUUGACAGUGUCAGGAAGAACCCCAACGUGACUGAAACAAGUCCAGAGACCUUCGCUUGUAUGGACUCCUCCUCAAGACCAAAGGUUUGUGCGUCCUCGGAAGAUCAUCACACCAAAACACUACCCGGCCUGGAUUUGGACAGCUGCAACCAGGAAGCUCCUUUCAGGACUUCCACUGUGGAAGCUUCCUUUCUCUCUCAGGACAAACAGUCCACUCUUAUAUUGAGAAACAUUCCAGACUCCCUCCCCACUUUGCCUUCUAUUUCCACUGAGGUCCGCUUACUUCAUUGCACUGAAGUUGACCAUUCCCUUUCGGUUUCCUCAGAGCAAAUCCCACCACCGACGACGAAAUUGGCAGGAGAAUUCUGCUCAAACGGACGUUUGACUGACUCUGAUCACAAUCUGCAGCGGAACUUUGGCCCGGGGCUCAAUGGUAGUUGUAUACUUGGAUCGGAGAAAGGUGUUCACUGCACGUCAGAGCUCAGCGCAGACUGUCCUCACGAUGGUGAUCUUGAUGUUCCUCAUGAUGUUGAUCUGUGCUUGGUGUCGCCUUGCGAGUUCCAGCACCAAAAGAUCGAACCGGUAGAGAACCGGCAGCAGUUUGUGGUCUCUGAUCAGUCCUCCCGGGACCAAGGCAGCAGCACAAGCCAGGAAACCCCACACACAUCAGUUGGCGACUCACUCCUCAUGGCCCUGGACUCUGAUGUCCCACCCGCUAUAGAAGAUUUCCCUUCCUUGGCCAUGGACUCUGACGAUGACUCGAGUAGUCCCCUCUAUCCGGGACAUCCCGGCGUGACCCUCUCCCUCAGGCCAGGUCCGCAUUCCUCCCCUGACCCGACAUCAGCCCCGGUCAAGGACUUUCCACCGUUACCACCGCAACCAAAAGCUUGCAUGGCAGACGUCGAUGCCUCAAGCAAGAACCAAAAGACUUCAGUUAGCAAGACAAAAAAAACAGCGGGAACCUUGCAAAGGGGUACUUCUGGAAGCCUAUCUAUCCAGAACAUCAAGUCCAAGGCCAGCAGCACCGCAGCACUUAAAUCGGCCCCCGCCCUUGACACUAAAGUAUCCGCCCGGAUUUCACUGGGUGGAUCGAGAAGUGCAAGUGCCAAACCUUCGGUGUCAGUGACCAAAACCUCGGAGGCCUCUGCUGUCCACGUGGACCUGGCUUACCUGCCGUCCGGGUCCGCCUCGUCCACCGUCAACUCGGACUUGUUCCGACGCCUUCGCUCCUCCUAUUACGUGGUGAGCGGCGAGGAGCGCGUUAAGGUGGCGGCCAUGAGAAGCAUCCUGGACGCUCUGCUGGACGGGAAGAGCAGCUGGCCAGACACUCAGGUCACCCUCAUCCCGACGUUCGAUUCCGUGGCCAUGCACGAGUGGUACCAAGACACCCACGAGCAGCAGAGGCAGCUGUCAAUCACCGUGUUGGGGAGCAACAGCACCGUGGCCAUGCAGGACGAAACCUUCCCCGCCUGCAAGGUGGAGUUCUGAGCCUGGCUCGGCCCAUCCCUGAGUACUUGAUAGUUGUUGUGGUUGAAGGGCACACAUUUGAAACCUGCGGCAACCCUUCGAUCGGCUCAGUCCGUCACUUUCUGUCAAGACCGAGAGCUUCGUGCUAGCAGUCUACAAAAUCCUCAGGGGAUUUCCAGGGCACCGAUGAAGAAGCAGGUUCUGGUCUUAAGUUCGCUAGGUCGCAACUAGAGGGCGUUAAGUAGGGUUGGGGAGGAGGAUUAGGAGCUGGUGGAGGUUCAGGUCGGGACCGUUUAGGUCAUGGGAGUGAACGAAGUUGUUAGCUUGGACUUUAUUGGGAGGGCAAAGAAGCGUCCAAGCUUCUGGGUUUUGGUGUUUGUUUAUUUUGUUUAACCCUAAACCGCGGACGUGAAAAGUGAUUCAUUCAUACUGACUCGUAGAUACUCCAACCCUGAAAGCUUUUGAGGAUCAAGUCCUGGUGAGGUGGACUUGAUUAUGUUAUCAUGAAGUUCCCAUCCACCACAUGGAAAGCUAGAAGCUCAUGGUUAUCACUUUGCAAUAAUAACACACUCGCGUUGAGUGCAAAAACGCCACUUAGCAUAGAAAAAGCGGUGACCGGACCUGCUCAUUGUGCACUUUCACACAAAGAAGAACAUGAACUCAGUUGAAAAAGAAAGACCUGGAUGUCAACCGUUUUGCUCACAAAAAUCAUUGGUAUUUAUUUAUUUAUUUUUCCGCAUUUCGACCGCUGCGGUACGAACCUCACAUUUGAUCCAAACGGGUGACAACUGAAGCAGUCGUUGAAAUAUUGCGCCCCCUGCCGGCCUUCUUUGCCAACCCCCGCACACACACACACGCAGAUAAAUGCAUAUAUUUUACAUUUUGAAUGAUAUCACAUGGUCCUUUUGAGGUUUCAAGUUAAAGCGUUUCAAAUGGUUUGGCAGAGAAUUUCUUCCCAGUUUUUGUUAUAUUUACAAAUGUAUUUUUCGAAAGUAAACUUUACACGCACACGCACACACUGUUAUGGUUUCGAGACACGAAUUUGAAGUUUUCCCCGAACUCGAGGCUGUGGUGUCCUUGAGCAAGACGCUGAUACCCUGAACUGCCCCCGCGCGCUCCGGUGUGGUUCGCUGUGAGAACACAUUUUGUGUGCAUGGUUCGCAUGUUCAUGACAAUAAAG